UGUUCGGGACUAGUAAUUACCUGUCUGCUGUAACAACUUCCGGGUGCUUUCAGGUCGCCAGCCCCACACUCGUUGCGGUCGCCGACGCGUCUGUAAAUAAGCUGCCCUGGUGGCCUCUGAGCUCCCGCACUUCUACCUGCACCUUUUCACUUCCGCACCUCGUCACUUCCGCACCUCAUCACUUCCACACUUCUCUUCCGCACCUCUUCACUUCCAUAUUUCGUCACACAAACUCUUCCACACAGCUUCCAUCAUAAGUAAGCCUCCACACUCUCACCUUCACACAUCUUCGCAAGCUCGCACGCUUCCACACGUCUUCGGCAGCUGCGCACAUUUACACAUCCACACAUUCAUUUCCUUCCACACGACUACAUCACCUUCAUCCAUCGUCGCUAGUAAAAAAGGUUAGCAGCCAUGUCAAGCCCGGCAUCUUUGGGUGGAGGCUCUCGCGAGCCCCCCGAGCCCCCCUCCCCUGCCUUCCCGAGCGGCCUACUCGGUGGUUUCGUAGACCUCGGUCUGCAAGAUGUCAAGUUGAGACCGGGCCGAGCUGACAAUGGCAGUACCGGCAGUUCCAACCUGCCCAAGAAUUCGGAAAGCGGGGAAGUACUAGCAGAAAUGCAUCCCGACAGGGCGAAGCUGCUGGGGGAGACGAAAGCGUCUCCCCAGGACAUCAUCGAUGUCCAAGAGGGGGAAACCACAACCAUUAACGCCAGCUCGGGCGGAACCGAGGAGCAAGACCUGUCGUUCCUGACAGGCUCAAACCGGAUGGUGUUCUGCCACGGUUCAGGACCAGCAGAGGCGGAGACUGCGGCCGUUUCUGGGUCAGCUUUCGGGGCGGGUCGCGCCCCUACUCAACGCGUCGGGGGCACGCCUCACAGCUCUAACCAUCGCUCGGGCCGACAGCCUUCAGAUCGCCGAGGAGAACGGCGAGCGGAGUCCCGAGCCAAUCGCCCGCAAUCGCCGGGCCACUCUCGCGCUUCUCGUGGAACCACGGAGGAGGGUGAGAUCAAGAACGACGAGAAGACCUUGCAGCUGGCAAAUCGGAGCCAAGAGGGUCGUCUGUCGUAUCACGACGACGAAGACGAGAUGGCACAGUCAGCUAGUUCCGCUGGACGCGGACACAAGUCAUCCGACGAUACUCUAGAGAGUAUGGUUCGUGGCUUUUCUCGAGGUUCUGGUUCGCGUGGCCAGUCUUCAUCACCUCUGCCUCUGUCUCGCAGGUUCUCGAGUUCGCAGCAAGAAUAUGCUCCUAGCCAAGCGGCUAGACCGACCUUAUCGUACACUCCUCGGGUUGAAGUUGAGCAGCCCAAGAGAGAGCCGUCGCCUCCGAUUGAGUUCGGAGUCACGGAGAAGAUUGUGGACUUCGACGCACACCAUCCGAAAAUCCGAGAGCUAUUCAAGAACAGAAAGAACCCGUGGCUCGCGAAGAUCGAGCGACCCCGUGCAUGGGGCUUUUUUGGCGACGAGUGUCAGCCCGAGGAAGGCGAGAAAGAAGCAGCCACUGCGCCCACUGAGUCAGCGACCAAGACGGAGGAGCUGGCCAUUUCGAAGGCCAAGAAUAUUGUCACUCAAGACGAGCCGGCAAACGAAGGGCGGCAGCUCACACCGGUACUGGAGACCACGGAGGCAGAGAACAGUGCUACCAACUUUGAGAUGGACGUCGAUACCAGCAUGUCCAUUGAUAGCAAUGUGCCACCGUUUAAUCUUUCCAAGAACCCGUCCAAAUUCAAGGCCCCAGCCAAGCCCACGAAGCGUUCCAAGUCAGACGAGAAAGACAAAAAAGCUACUACCAUGACAACAGCCACCGGAGAGGGCUUGGAUACCCCUAUGACCGACUUCAGCCAAAAGUUUUGGAAAAAGAAUACACUCUGAUUCACUCUCGGUCUGAAAACCAAACAGCCCAGCCAGCCUGGGGAGCCCAAGCUCUCGACUGGACGAAACAAGGCAUUCAUGCGUGUUUGAUAUCUGAUUUUCCUCUUUUUAUUUUCGCUUCUUCCUUUCCUUUUCGAUAGAGGGUCAACGCUUGCGGCAGGCACAUCUUGUUGUUUUAUCCGACAUGUCACAUUCGCGGCUUCACUUCGAUCUUGAC